AUGGAACAACCAGAUUUAAAUUAUUUAAAGAUGGUUAUACGGAGUCUUUUAACUAGCUCUCCGGGUAAAUUGACAAUUUCACAAAUAUUAAAUGAAUACUAUGAUUAUGAAGGUUGUAAUUUACCAUAUAAGCACUUGGGAUUUAAGAAUGUUUUUGAGUUGCUGGAAAAUAUGAAAGAUGUUUUAAAAAUACCGUCAAACCCAAAUAUGAGUUCUUUCAUAACACUUAUUGUUGAUAAAAAAACUUCACACCUCAGAGAACUAGUUGUAAAUCAAAAAUCUAAAAGACCUCGUCUUAGAAGAAAUAACUUUGUUGGAAGAAGUGGUAAUAAUCACUUGUUGAAGUCUUCCAACUUUAAAUCUCGUGAUUACAAUCAUAAUAAUUAUAAGACUGGACAUAGCACAUCUAGGUAUGAAUAUACCUCUACUAGAUUUGAACAUAGCACUCCUAAGUAUGAUUACAAUGCUCGUGGAUAUGAUCAUAUUAAAAUCAAACCUUUAAGCUCAAAACCUAUUGGUACUGUAACACCCAACCUCAAGAGUUUUAUAGAAAAUCUGUGUAAUACUUCCGGUCCAGAAAUAAUAACUAUUAAUAAAUUAAAGAGUUGUCUAAUAUAUCAUCCAGAUUAUAAGAAAUUGGGUACAACUAAUAUCGAAGAAUCCAUAAAUAUGUUAAAAUCUUUUAUCUACAUUGAUAAGGGAGGUGUACACCUUAAAGAUUCUCCAUUUGAAAUAUUUCCAUCUAAGACAUCUGAUAAAAUAAAGUACACAAUACCAACAUCUGCUAAUUAUGUAGGUAGUAUUGUUGAUGAAAUAGAAGAAUUGUCAUAUAGUGAACUAAAUUAUGAUGACAUUGAUGAGGUGGAUGAUUUAGGUUCCAAAAACCUUGACAUAUAUGAAAAUGAACACAAAAUAAGCCAAAAAUCAACCAGCACUGCACAUAAUAAUAACACAAUCACGCUGAGCAAUAAUUCUCAACAUGCUGAUAGUUGUCAGAAGUUAUACACCUAUGAUUCAUCCUCUCAACAUGGACCAAAUCAGUUAUCACCUCAGAACUUGGUCAAUAUGUGCAAAAUAGGUUUGAAGGAUUCAGAGUCAAAAAAUAAUGACACAGUUCCACCUCAAAAUAAUGAUAAAAAUACAUUGAUAUCGUCUACUACUAAACCUUUUCAUAAUAAAAUUGUGUCCAAAAUAGAACAUAAAGCAAACUUUGAUGUACAAAAUUCAUACAAAACUAAGAAUGAUUAUAAAAAAGCCAUUGUUGCUAUUAUUGCCAGAUCUGAUCAACCAAUUACCGUAAAUAAUGUAUUGGACAUAUUUAAAAAUGAACAUGGUUAUACCUUUCCAUUUCAAGAAUUUUCAUGUGGAUCAUACAUGGACUUUUUUCGCUUGUAUCCAGAUAUGUUUAAAUUGGAAAACCAAUGCUCUACAAACAGUAUUGUAAGUCUAGAAAAACAAAUAAUAUUCAAACGAAAAGGAACUAUUAGAGCAUCCUUAAAAAAAGCAUCCAUAUUUAACAAUGUUGUUGUUACAAAUUCAGAAAACAUUAUUUUGAAUCAAAGUAACAUUGUAUCUGAACUAUUAUCAAACAAAGACGAUGAUCAGAAAUAUAUAAAUGCUACCAUUGAUAAUUCAGGCCAACCACAUUGUGAAAAGUCAGUACAUUUGAAUGAAAUAUAUGAUGCUGAAACAAUAUCAGAUUCAAUGAAAGUAAAAAUGCGCCAUAUUUUAAGUAAACACAAAGAUGGUAUAUUAUGUAACGAUUUUAUGAAUGUUUAUGGUAAUGAGUAUAACAGUCACUUUAAUUUUUCUGAGUAUGGAUUCAGCAGCAUGAGGGAUAUGGCAUACAAGUUACCAACUGUAUUUUAUGUAAAAUUAACUGAAGAUAAUCAGGAUUCUAUUCUAUUUGAAGCUUGUAGACGAAGUGAACUAGAAAAUAACUUGGACGAUCCAUCACUAUAUUAUAAGAAUAUCCCGAAGACUGUAUUGUAUAAUAUUUCAAAUUUCUUUGAUAAGUAUCGAACUGGUGUCAAAUUCAAUGAACUGAUGACUUUAUACUGUACAGAAUAUGGCCGAGCUUAUGAACCAUUAAAGUAUGGAUAUUCUUCCGAAAAGCACAUGUUUGAAUCUUUAGACAAAAUGGUUAAAAUAGAAAAUAAUGAGCUGUUUACAUUAAAUCCUUUUGCCUAUACAAAAUGUUUACAAAAUAUAGAUCAUAAUGACAACUAUGAUAACAAUUUGGUUGCGAUACCGGAUCCUGAUUUUUUAUUGCAUUAUUCUGGCGAUGAUAUCUGCAACGGAAAAUUUAAGUAUCCUACAAUUAAGUUCAACAAUCGAAAGUAUAUAAAUGUCAUUGUUGCUGAGAUAUAUAACCCAAGUUCAUUUUACAUUCAAUUAGCAGCAGAAGUCAAUAAUCUGAAUAGUUUAAUGGACUCAUUGCAAGUGUAUUACAACGACAAUGAAAAAAAGUACAAAGUUAUACCUACACUAAUUCUCCCGGGAUUGCCAUGUACCUCAAUUUUUGAAGAUUCAAACAGUUGGCACAGGGCUAUAGUUUUAAGAAUAGUUGAUGAUGAUAAUGUGCAAUUAUUAUAUGUUGAUUAUGGAUCAAUAGAAAUAGUACCAAAAACAAAUGUUAGACUCUUGGCAUCACAAUUUGGGGUAUAUCCUGCUCAAGGAGUGCAUUGCGGUUUGUACGAGUAUAAUGAGUUAAAUUAUCCAAGGGAAAUAAGUGAAUCUUUUGCUGAAAUGGUUGAGGACCAUCAGCUAGAAGCAAAGUUCCAUCCACCAAUAUCUGUAGAUAAUUCUCAAAAAGUGAUGGUGACAUUAUUUUUGAAUACUAAAAAUAAUAAAAUUAAUAUAAACAAAAAAUGUUCUAAAGAAAUGAUAAAUCAUUUAAACAAACAUCAAGAAUCUGUUAGAAGGAUGAUUUAUAAAGUAAUGGAAGAAGACCAAUAA